AUGGGGACGGUCAAAGUGGUCUUGCCAGAUUUUGAAGCAAUUUGGGCUGAAAUAGUGGCAAUCAUUGACGCUCUCCUGCUUCAAGAUCCAACCAAACGCAGUCUGGAGUUCUGGAAUCAGCAAGUCAACUACCGUGGUCUGAGAGUACAGCCCGUCGUCAUACUAGUAUGCGACACGCUCAUGGAUCUAUCACCCGACUUCAAGGAUUGGAUCAUGCAUAUCAUAAACUCUCAGCCGCGCUAUUAUGAUGUUCGGGGUGACCUCCAAGCUCAGUUCAAGGCACGUGAGUUGCCGGGCGCCAACACUAUCCCAGAGAUGGCUCGGAUAAUUACCACAAAUCCUCAUGAUUACGAGACGAUCAGGAGUGGAGUUGCUGUCUUUGCCAGAUUGGUCCAGAAUAUGAUUGAUCAUCACCAAGAAAUGAGAAACUUCUCGGGCGAUAAUCCCACUCUCAACCAGUACCUCAACGAACUAGUGGAUCAUCAUCGCGUUCUGGUCUCCGACCCCUUCACAAUGAUGCCCUUAGCACUACGUCAGCAACUUGCAUCGUGUGAUGUCCGUGGUACAGCCAGGCUACUAUUAUGGGAUGCUGCGACUCUCUCGGACCAACCCUCUUAUACUGGCCUUCCUUGGGACAUGUUCAAAAAAUUCGUCGACGCUCUCAUGCACGUUAUCGAUGCGCUUGGACCAGUGUGUAUCGGUCAUAUCUGGCUACCCGAGGAAUGGGACAAUGAGUACGAGUCUGACGGCGAGUUUGAUCCAGAUGAUCUACCAGAAGUCUGCUUCGAACCUAUCGGCCCCACUAUCAGGACCGAACAGCACGCCUUCGCUGUCACCAAUAUUCUUGAUCUCCCUGAAGAAGACUGCUCGAUUUGCCGUGAUACGCUCAACGUUCAUGAGACUGUACGCGGCAAAGUCCCGGUCAAGAUAGAUUGUGGCCACACUUUCCACUACGGCUGUCUGAGUACCCUGAUCAACGGACGAUAA